CCGCCCGCCAUUGCAAGCGCGCGAUUUGGCGCUCUGACGAUGCUCAUCGCAACCUCAAAAUAUUUUUAGGGUUCUUGAGAAGAAUGGAGGAAGAAGGCGAGGGUAUAGGCGCGCCGGUGACGCGCGCGGAGUUUAUGCUCCAGCAUCUCCUCGAUAGACAGCUCUCUACUUCUGCAAGAUUAGAGCAAGUGGAAUUCAAGGGAGCUACACAAUCUUUCUAUCGAGGCAUUCACGGGGCUGGAGGAGUCUCGACUUUGGCAGAAUUUCGCUCGCAACAAGACGAGGGGGGGAUCCAAAAGCCUGAGGAAAAAUGCAAACGCCAGAGGUAUGGUCCAGACCCGGUGUUCUUCCAAAGUCAAGAGAUGGAACGAAAGAAGCAAGCUCUUUCUCGAGAGAGCUCCAUAGCUGUGAAGCAAGAAAUGGGACGCCAUGAGAAGGAGCUGGAAGUUUCUUUGAUCGAAGGAAAGCAAAGAUUGCAAGAUAUAGCACAUCUUACUGUGGAAGGUGUUUCUCUCCGAAAACCUUUGCCUGAGCUCAGCGUCGUUUGCUGUGGCACUACGCCGGAGGAACGAGCACGAAUGCAAUCUGGGAAAGAGAUUUCGAGAUCGUCAUCGGAAGUGUUUUCAUCUUCAGCUCCACCACUGCUGGAUCUGGACACCUAUCUGGAUGAAGCCACUCAGGACGCUAAAAGUACCGGGAACGAGGAAACGAAUCCCCCCAUGGUUUCUGAAGAGAAUAUCGCCUCGAACCGGCUUUCUUUCAAGGAGUUGCAGAAAUGGUCGGAUGGAAAGUUCCGAGACCACCAGCAAGGUGUGCCUUCAAACGUUCUCUACGUCAAGAAUCUGUGCUCGGAAGUCACAGAGGAGGAUCUAGCCGCAUUGUUUCUUCGAUUUAAGAAACAACCAGACGAUCAAAUUCUUUUCCGACUAAUGCAAAAAGGACGAAUGAAGGGUCAAGCCUUUGUUACAUUCCCAGACGUAGUGGCAGCAACCCGUGCAUUGCAACUUGUGCACGGAUACAUGCUUAAAGGAAGACCGAUGAUCGUAGAAUAUGCCCGAGGCAAAAAAUAACAAGCGCGGUUAAAAUCGCAGGAGCAUUACACUGCCUCAAGCCCGAGCUGGGAAUACAAGGGAAUUCCAUCAUGGAAGGCAUUGUGGUCGGAUCCACCAAUGAACCGCCGGUUUCACACCCAAUCCUUCCACCAACAGUGCCAACUCCGCUGGAAAGAUGAAAAGAAGUUCCUCUGGAGCACAAAUCAAUGAACUGUGGCAGCGUGGACAGCGUCCCACGGAUCUCCGGCAAUGUAUCACUGUCACUGCCAUGCCGAGACCUGAGCCGACCAGCAACCUCGACAAGAUCAGCACGAGCACUGUCGGCGACCUCGCGGAACUCGUGGUGUAGAAAACCGCCGAAACGAUGGGAAUAGCUCGCCCUCGAGCUAAGGAGAGCUCCGACGAGCGAAGAAUGGGUGUUAGAACCGGCUCCACCGAAGACCAAGGACAAUGGUUCGUCGUUUCUAGAGCCAGCACGUUUUGUGUACACCAGAAGAUGGAGGAAUCUCAUGGAUCACCAAACCUCUGCUCGAAUCCGAUCCGACACACAGCAGCUUCUCGCAAGCCGGCAGUCUCCUUUUGUGGACCCCCUGGUAGCACUCAUUGGAAACCUCACCAAUAUGGCUCCCCUACGUCGAGAAAGGCGAGGGGAUUUAGAAGAAGGUGGGGUGGUGGGAGAGAUUGACGGGGCUUUUAACUCCGCUGCUGCGACAAUGUGCGAGCUCAAAGUCGGUAGCAUGCUGG